AUGGCAAAAGCUGCUAAGAUCGAUGGCUUUGCGAUGAACAUUGCUGCUGGUGAUCCCAAUACCGACGCCGUCCUUGCCGCCGCUUACUCUGCCGCCGAAGCUGUCGGCGAUUUCAAGAUGUUCCUCUCUUUCGACUAUCUCAGCAUGGGCGCUUGGGGUAUGGAUCAAGUCAUCAACAAGAUCAACCAGUACAAGGCCUCCCAUGCACAAUUCAGAUAUAACGGCAAGCCGCUCGUUUCCACCUUCGAAGGUGUCAGCAACACCGGCGACUGGUCCGGCAUCAAAAGCGCAACUGGUUGCUUCUUCAUCCCUGACUGGUCUUCUUUGGGUCCUGCAGGUUUCGCGUCUCACCUGGAAACCGCCGAUGGUGCAUUCUCCUGGGAUGCAUGGCCUGAUGGCGCUGAAGACAAAACCACCGAGGCCGAUGAGCAAUGGACGAACAUGUUAAGCGGCAAGCCAUUCAUGAUGCCUGUGUCACCUUGGUUCUACACCAACAUGCCGAAUUGGCACAAAAACUGGCUGUGGCGCGGCGACAAUCUCUGGCAUGACCGCUGGCAACAAGUCGUCCGCUUACAACCCGCGAUGGUGCAGAUCCUGUCCUGGAAUGACUUUGGUGAAUCUAGCUACAUUGGCCCUAUCCACCAAAGUUCUGUCCCGAAGGGUGCCGACUAUGUGGUCGACAUGCCCCACGAAGCCUGGUUGAAGUUCCUGCCCUACUACAUCGACACCUAUAAAACAGGCAGCAGCACUAUUUCUUCCUUCAACAGUCUUGUUGCCAGCCCCGAAGAAGGGAUAACAUUCUGGUACAAACGCAAUCCUGGCAAGGGCGGGUACAGUGGUGGUACUACCGGCAACAACCCGGCUCAAGGUCAGCCCGCCAUAGCGCCAGAACUGGUCUCGCAAGACAAUAUCUUCGUCUCUGUCCUCGUCGCUGAACCGUCUGAUGUCAUUGUUUCCAUUGGCGGUGCUGGUAGCAGUCUCCGCGCCACACACAGCGGCAUCAAUCACUUCUCUGUGACGUUGGAUGGACGUACUGGUAUGGUGAACUUCAAAAUCCAGAGGAACGGGAGGGAUAUUAUCUCAGCCACUGGCCCAGAGAUCACAAAUUCAUGCAAGAAUGGAUUGGUCAACUGGAACGCGUUUGUGGGGUCGAACUAG